AUGAAUACUUUAAAUCAUGUAUUACCCACUACUUAUAAACCAAAUCAUUAUAACAUUGAGCUGUUUGACAUAAAUACAGCCGAAAAUUCAUUUAAGGGCCAUGUAGAUAUUGAGUUGAAUAAAAAUACCACUACAAUGGGUAACCAUUCUAAAAUAAUAACAGAUCCUUCUUUUAUUACCCUAAAUAUCAGGGACAUUGUCAUCGAAGAAGCUUAUUUAAUACCAUUAUCCAGCACUGCUGCCGACGAAAACACACCUGUAUUCCUUCCAUUAUCCAAGGAAGACAAUAAAGAGUACGAAGAGUUAACUUUUCAAUUCCCUACUGAAGUCGUUAAUACAAAAAAUAAGUUUAUUCUAGCAAUUGAUUACAAAGGCAGAAUUCAAACAAAUAUGUGCGGCUUUUAUAGAUCCGAUUUUAUAAGUAAUUAUGAAACCAAGGAACAAUCAUUUAUGCUAUCAACACAAUUCGAAGCGACCGAUGCUAGGAGAGCAUUUCCAUGUUUUGAUGAACCUAGUUUAAAAGCCACAUUUAACGUUACCAUUUCAGCCCCCGCUAAAUUCACAGUUCUAUCUAAUAUGCCUGAAUGUAAAACUUUGAAUGAACCACAUUCUACUGACAACAUAAUACAACAUGUCUUUGAAAAGUCUCCUCUCAUGUCGACUUAUUUAGUUGCAUGGGCUAUUGGCGACUUUGAUUAUUUGGAAACAUUUACGAAGAAUAAAAUUUAUGGUAAUAACACCAAAAAACUACCCAUUAGGAUAUAUACCUGUAAGGGGAAAAGUGAACAAGGUAGAUUCGCAUUAUCAGUUGCUGCAAACGUUAUUGAUUAUUUUAGCGAGUUGUUGAAGAUCCCAUACCCAUUACCUAAAAUAGAUCUAUUAUGCGUCGAAUCAUAUUCUCACAAUGCUAUGGAAAAUUUUUCUUUAAUCACUUUCAGACCAACAGCUGUUCUAACAGAUACAAUUGGGAAACCUUUUAAAAAUGAAAGAGACUAUGAUCUUGCGGAGCUGGAACAACAUUCCAGCAAUCCUAUUGUAUUACAAAAAAUUGCAUAUGUAGUCUGUCAUGAAUUAGCACACCAAUGGUUUGGCAAUUUAGUUACUAUGAAUUGGUGGGAUGAAUUAUGGUUGAACGAAGGGUUUGCCACAUGGCUUGGGUACGUUGCCGUUUCCAAAUUCUUCCCACAUUGGGAUGUUCCAAGCAUGGUUAUGUACAAUUCUCAUGAAGUUGCUUUAGAAUUGGAUGCUUUGAAAGAAUCACAUCCAAUAAAAGUAUCUGUCCGUAACGCAAAAGAUAUUGACCAGGUUUUUGAUAGUAUUUCUUAUUUGAAAGGUUGUUCUAUAUUGGAAAUGAUAAGUUCUUAUAUUGGUAUGGAAACAUUUUUACAGGGUGUAACUUUAUACUUGGAAAAGAAUAAAUGGAAAAACGCUACGAUGUAUGAUUUAUUUGAUUGCAUUAGCGAAGCUGACAGAAAUAAGACCGAUGUUUCUGAAUGUCUAUCUAACUGGAUUUUAAAACUUGGGUAUCCCAUUGUUGAUGUUAGUUAUAACCAUAACCAAAAAGAAUAUAUUUUAACACAAUCCAGAUACCUCUCCAGUGGUGAAGAUAGUGAUGAUUCUACUAUUUGGUGGGUUCCAUUAAUGUUAAAGAACAAUCAAAAGAUUUGCAUGAAUGCUAGAGAAAUGACUAUCAAUGCCAAUAUUGAGAAUUCAUUCUUUUUUUUGAACUCAGCUUCGUAUGGGUUUUAUAGGGUAAACUAUAAAGAUGAUUCCACAUUCAAUAGUGUUUUAGCUAAUUUUCAUGAAUUGAAUAGUAGGGCAAAAAUUGGAUUAAUUAGCGAUAUUGAAAGUGCUGGCGAUUACACAAGACUUCUAAAUAUAUUAUCUAAAUUUUCCGAUGAAAGAAAUGUUUCUGAUGAUGAAUAUUAUGUGUGGUUGAAAGCUAUAAAUUCAUUAAAUCAGUUAAAAUUUAUCGUUUCUAGUGAUAAAAAAUCCGUUUUGAAACACGUUAUUUUACGCAUUGUUGGUGAAAAACGACUUUAUAACAAACUAUUACCAUACUUAGCUAAUCCUCUAAUUUUGCAAAAUUGUGAAACAAAAAUAUUGAGAAGCCAAACCUAUAAUCUAUUGUUAACUACGGCUGGAAAAUUAUCUAAUAAGCAAGUUUUACAAGGAUGCAGGAAGAUUUUUGAUGGUGAAAAGUCUAUAUUUGCUAGCAACGCUAGUACAGUUGUUUUAGACACUAUCAUGUCUCAAGAGGACACGACCACAUUAUUAGACUUUGAGAAAGCUAAAAAAUUGUUAUUUCAAAGUACUUUGGCUGAUCAAGAGAUUAUUUUGAACAGUUUAGGCUCAAUUACAAACCCCAAGCUUUUCAAAAGUUGUUUUGGAUUAAUUUUGGAGAUUGAACCAAUGAAUUUACAAUAUUUAGCCGAGGCCUGGGGUAAUAAUAGUGUUAUCAAUGUGGCAUUAUGGAAUUUUUUCAAGAGCAAUUAUGAUGUAAUUUAUAAGCGAAUUAGUAUAAAUCCUAUUGUUGUUGAUAGAUUCAUUCGUUUUAGUUUUAGAAACUUAGUUGGUGAUGAUAUUAAAUUAGACUUUGAGAAUUUUUUUGCUGAUAAAAUCACUGAUGGGUUUGACAGAGGUGUUAAACAGACUAUUGAAAGGAUUAGACGAAAUACUAAAAUGCGUGAAACUGGGUCUCCUAAACUAUCGAAAUACGUGGAAAAUAUGUAA